AUGGCUCUCCUCUCCCUCCUCCUCUUCACCCUCUACCUGAUCUCCCUCACCACCGCCCAAACCAACCUCCCCUCCGUCCCCCCAGGCGUCUUCUCCGCCAGCGCGCGCAUCGAAAUCGCCACCACCGUCCCCCUCCUCUGGACCGCCGUAGCCAACUUUUCCGCCUACCCGGAAUGGAACCCCUUCGUUCGCUCCGCAAUCGUCACCAACGCUCUCGCCAUCCCCCUCCCCGCACCCCAACAAUGGCCCACCGAAAACGCCCGCCUCUUCUUCCGCGUCCAGAUCCCACCCCUCCCCCUCCCCGUCAACGCAUCCACGCCGGACAACCCCGCGCACACGCAGACGUCGUUUGAGAACAUCACGCACGUGCAGCCCACCCUUGGCCGCGUGGCGUGGAAGCUGCUCAGCCCGGACCUCGCGCUCGAGGCGGAGCGGUGGACGGCGGUGAGCGUGGCGGCGAGCGGGAACGCGCUGUACGAGAGCCGGGAAGUGUACCGCGGGGCGCUGGCGGGGGUGUUAGAGGGGCUGUAUGGGGCGGGACUGCAGGCGGGGUUUGAGGCGCAGGCGGAGGCGUUGAGGGGGUUGUUGGAGAAGUGA